AUGGAUAUGAAGCGUCUCUAUAGCGUCGAGGCCAUCGUUAGUCUUCUGAUGGUUUUGAUCGCUUAUUUUAUAUCAGUACGUCUGGUUGUGUUAAUUCUACUGUUUCUUCUCGCAUUAUUAAAUGUUUGCAAAGCGCCUACUUCCACUUUUUGGUUAGUAGCAGUGAUAGUCAAUGAAUAUUCCGCAAUUUUCAUCGCUUUGACCAUUAUCACACUAUCAACUGGUGUUCAAGACGGUUUUUGUACUCUACUGGGAACAGUACUAGGUCUCAUUGCUGUAACAUUGUUUUUCUCUCCAAUUUUACGAGCCUAUUUGAUCUCUCAAUCCUUAUCCAAAGAUAUGAAGAAAGCAUUUACACGUGAUUCGAAUUCAUCAAUCAAUAGCCAACCAUUUCCUAGUAAUGAAUCUUUCAGUGUUAGUAAAUUAUUUCGAUUCGUACUUAAAAUGCCGUAUCGUACAUAUACCUAUGUAACUUAUGAUGAUACUAGUUUAACGUUAGAUUUUUAUCCAGCGAGUGUUUCUGGCAAACGACCUUGUGUUGUUGUUAUCCAUGGAGGCUCUUGGACAAGUGGUGAUAGUAAACAAUUGCCUGAACUUAAUAGUCGUCUAGCAACGGCUGGUUAUCAUGUAGCUGCAAUUUGCUAUCGAUUAGCUCCGCGAUGGCAAUAUCCGACACCAAUUGAAGAUACCAAAGCAGCAUUAGACUACUUGCGAAACCAUGCUGAUGAAUUGAAUAUUAACAAGGAAAAUUUUGUGCUUCUCGGUCGUUCAGCUGGCGGACAAAUCGCAUUACUAACAGCUUACAAAUUCAAAGAAUUAGGUAUAAAAGGUGCAAUCAAUUUCUAUGGGCCAGCUGAUAUGGUUUGGGGUUAUUUCACGCCGACAAAUCCAUUAGUAUUGAAUUCGUUUCGCGUACUCGAAAGAUAUCUCGGUGGAAGUUAUUAUGGUUUGGAAGAAAAAUAUCGUGACAGUUCACCAAUUGAGUUCGUCACUGAAGCAACAGUACCUACGCUAAUGUUUCAUGGCGGACUUGAUCCAUUAGUAUUCGAUGAACAUAAUUAUCGUCUAAGUAGGAAAUUAAAAGAACACAAUGUUCCGCAUUAUUUCCUUCAACUUCCGUGGGCAACACAUGGUUUUGAUUAUCAUUUGAAUGGUCCCGGUGGUCAAUUGUCAACUUAUGCAAUCGAAUAUUUCUUGCAUGUGGUUACUAACCAAUAA